UAUCCCCUUUUACCUCUUUCGUGUUCAGACUUUGCCCAUAAUCACCAUCUCAUCCAAACUGCGUUCCAACUCGCAGACCUUAAAAAAGCAGCAGCAAUGGGCCGUUCUCUACUCUCUCAUUUCAGUAUGGUCACUUAUUCUGCUCCUCGCUUCGCCUCUUCCACCAGGUUACGCGGAUUAAGUUCAGGUAAAUACUUGAGAAGAUCACAGCUAAUUCGUCAACGUAAUUUACAAGCCGGUCGAGAUUUCCGGUGCCUUUGCAAUGUAGCUGUCUCUGAACCUGUUAAUUCUGAGUCUUCUUCAAGCCCUGUAAAGAAGAGAAUAGUCUCUGGUGUUCAGCCUACAGGAUUGAUACAUCUGGGAAAUUAUCUUGGUGCCAUAAAGAACUGGAUACGCUUGCAGGAUACAUAUGAGACAUUCUUUUUCAUUGUGGACCUUCAUGCGAUAACUUUGCCAUAUGAAGCACAACAAUUGCCAAGGUCAACAAGGGAUACAGCUGCUAUUUAUUUAGCAUGUGGUGUGGAUCCUUCUAAGGCUUCAGUCUUUGUGCAGUCUCAUGUCCGUGCUCAUGUAGAGUUGAUGUGGCUUUUGAGUUCUGCAACACCUAUUGGUUGGCUCAACAGGAUGAUUCAAUUUAAAGAGAAAUCACGGAAGGCGGGGGAUGAAAAUGUGGGUGUUGCCCUUCUAACCUAUCCUGUGCUAAUGGCUGCUGAUAUUCUUCUGUACCAGUCUGAUUUUGUCCCUGUCGGAGAGGAUCAGAAGCAACACCUGGAGUUGACACGAGAGCUGGCUGAGCGUGUUAACUAUUUAUAUGGAGGAAGGAAGUGGAAGAAACUGGGAGGGAGAGGCGGUUCAAUCUUCAAGGUUCCUGAACCCCUUAUUCCACCCGCUGGGGCUCGAAUCAUGUCCCUUACUGAUGGUCUUUCCAAGAUGUCGAAGUCAGCACCAUCUGAUCAGUCGAGAAUCAAUUUGCUAGAUUCAAAAGAUGUAAUAGCAAAUAAAAUAAAACGGUGCAAGACUGAUUCGUUUCCUGGCAUGGAGUUUGACAAUCCGGAAAGACCUGAAUGUAACAAUCUUCUUUCUAUUUAUCAACUAGUUACAGGCAAGACCAAGCAGGAGGUUGCAGAAGAAUGCAGAGAUAUGAAUUGGGGAACGUUCAAACUCGUGCUUACAGAUGCUUUAGUUGAUCAUCUACACCCUAUCCAGGUACGCUAUGAGGAAAUUGUAUCAGACACAAGUUACUUGGAUGGAGUCUUGGCAGAGGGAGCCAGAAAAGCAGCAGAUGUAGCAGAUGUUACUGUCAAUAAUGUCUACCAGGCAAUGGGAUUCUUGAGGAGAUGAACAAUGUAUAUUUCCCUGUAGAUUCCUGGAUUUGCCUGUCAAUUUGUGAGGUGCAAAGAAAUGUGAUAUUUUUAAGGUGGGCAUGCUACACCAUUGAUGGGGUUUGAACCCUCCCACCUCAAAUGUGGUAGGCAGAGAGCUCACUCACCAAGUGAGCUACCCCUUAUCUUGUGAAUUUGUUGUUACAUUUGAUUUCUUUCUUUAUACAUUAGUGCAUUUUUGUAGAUCUUAAUGGAGGAUGUACUGCUGAUUUUGCCAUUUUUGUUUAUUCACAAUGUAUAACUAAUUUUUGUACUCCCCCUUUUCUACUCA